AUGUCUUCCCUAGCUCCUGUCGAUAUGCUUCCAGACGACGUGGCAUUCGAGAUCCUGCGGAUAGCGUACGCACAUUCGACAUUCCCGUACUGCGGCAGUAAUCGUUUUCAGUUGUAUAUGAACUCUCCAAUUCCCAUCAGUCACGUUUCACGGCGAUGGAGAGACCUUGUUCUGUCCCUACCGUGCCUCUGGAACUGCAUCCAUAUCAUUCCUUCUGAGUGGAGGGAUGACGUGGACGUAGUGCAGGCAUACAUCGCACGUUCCGGUCGGCUCCCACUCUCCGUCGAAUUCGACUGCAGGAUGAACGACGCCGAAAGUGAUCAUUCUGAAUCGGAUAGCGAUUCAGAAGGAUCACACGAUUGUCCUUGCGACGACGUCUGGAACGCGCUGUUCAAGGAGAGGACGAGAUGGGAGCACUUGGUCCUCGACGCUCGAAAUGCCGCUCACCUAGCUUCAUUUACGAAGCAAAUCAGUGGAGAAGUCUUCCCAGCUCUUGAGUCUCUCCAGAUCCCUUCAUACGAACCUGGUCAGGAUAUGCGAGUCCUCGACAUCACGGCCCCAAAGCUGACGCAACUGCGUGCUACCAGCUUCUACUACGCUCGCACCGUCUUGCACUCGACCCCGCUGCAACUGUUCUCGAGGCUGACGACGCUCGAACUGGUCCACUUCUUCUACGACGUCCCGAACCAUGUCGUUCGGUUUCUGGACAUGCUGCGCAGCGCGUCUGCAACACUCCAGGUGCUGGUACUGCGCCAUGGCUGCUUCAACGUGCCCAUCCCCUCCGCCUCCCUUGGAGUCAUGCCCACAGACUUCCCUCAUCUAACAUUCCUUGUCAUCGAGUCAGUACUCGAGUACCAUGACGCCGACUACAACAUUGUUUCAGAGCUGUGCAGGGCCGCCCGCUCACUAGACAGGGUGCACAUCCUGGGCCACAGCAUCAUGUCCUUCCACUCCUACCUCCACUCCGACAGCCUGGACCAACUUCAUACCCGCCUUCCCGCUCCUUGA